GCGGUGGACGUGGCAUACUUGGACAGAGGGGUGGCGUGUGGACGUGGCAUACUUGGACAGAAGGGGUGGCCGGGUGGACGUGGCGGUGGACGUGGCAUACUUUGGACAGAAGGGUGGCGGUGGACGUGGCAUACUUGGACAGAGGGGUGGCGGUGGACGUGGCAUACUUGGACAGAGGGGUGGUGGUGGAUGUGGUAUACUUGUACAGAGGGGUGGCAUUGUGUGGAUGUGGCAUACUUGGACAGAAGGGUGGUGGUGGACGUGGUAUACUUGGACAGAAGGGUGGCGGUGGACGUGGCAUACUUGGACAGAGGGGUGGUGGUGGAUGUGGUAUACUUGGACAGAGGGGUGGUGGUGGACGUGGUUUAUACUUGGACAGAAAAAAGGGUGGUGGUGGACGUGGUAUACUUGGAC